AAAGCCAAAAAGCGAAAAAACAAGGCGAAAACAAAACAGAAGAAGCGAACAAAAGAACAGAAGAUUUGCAGAUAGAAUUUGCGACUCCGUAAGUCGUAACAGAUAUUUGAAACCCAAGGAGUCCGGGUUUCGUUUUUAUUUUUUAUUUUUUUAUAUUAAAUAUUAUGUUUGGUGGAGAAUCUGGUCAAGAGAAUCAAAUCCACUCGCGGAAAGAGAUUCUUCCUGUGAUUCCUCUUCUUCUUCGACGACCGACUAGCUAGAAUGUGAAUCGACAGCUGGGUCACCCUUAUUUCCCCCGGAAAAUCUUCAGAAGGUGAAAUUAACUACUGGGUCAUCCUCAUUUUCCAGGAAAAUCAAGGUUCGAGAGAUUCAAAAGCGUCUACCGCGUGGAUUAACAUUUGGGUCGCUCUUACUUUCCCAGGAAAAUCAAGCGAUUCAAAAGGGUCGAUCCAGUGCGGUGAAUCAACCACUGGGUCAUCCUUAUUUUCUCGGGAAAAUCAAGGGAACCGGGAGGUGGAGUGAUGGAAGAUUUUCCGAGGGUGCUGUGCGGGUGGAGUUGGGAGGAGAACAAGAAGUUCGAGGUGGCUCUGGCUGUGGUUGACGAAGGAGACCCGCAUCGGUGGGAGGCUGUGGCUGCCAUGGUUGGAGGGAAGAAGAGCGCAGAGGAUGUGCAGAAACAUUAUGUGAUCCUUCUGCAAGAUUUGCAAUUGAUCGAAUCCGGCGAGCUUGAUCAUAAACUGGGAGAGGGUCAAGCUCAGGAUCAGCCCUGUGUUCAAGUUGGAUGCACUUGGAAUGAUGAAGAUAACAGGGUAAUGUUUGGUUAGCCUCAUUCUUCUUUAGGUUUCUCUGUUCAUUUCUGUAACCACAAUUGUCCAAUUUGCUCCUACUCUGUUUAAUUAAGCAAGUCUGGGUCUCUCAUCAUUCAUGACCAUAGAAGUUGCAUAUUUUACUCUGAAAGAAUCCCAACUCCCAAUACCUUUCUUCGCAUCGUUACAGAUUGAAGUGUCAAAUUGCUGAUAUACUUACUUUUUCAUUCUUGGGAAAAUAUACAUUGCAUUUUCAUAUAAGUAGGCAUUUUUUCUUUGUCAGAAUUCUGAAACUCCAGUCCAAAUUAAGUGAUGUUGGCUACAACAAUCCUGUUUGUUUUGCUGGCCCAAUUUAUCUAAUAACAUUAUUUCAGUGCUACAUCUACUUAAGUCUGUCCAUUUCUUCUCACCCUUUCAGCAUUUCUUAUCCUUUGCACUUUAACUUUUCUUUGAUUCAAUACCUCACAGCAAUUUGUUAGCUGAGAACUUGGAGAGUAUAUAUGUUGAACUUUUUUGCUGCUAUACAAUAAACCCUAGUUAAUCUUUCUCCAUUGGGUCCAUAUCUUCAUCAGCCUUAUUUUUGACUACAGGCCAUCGCCCAUGCUUUGAGCUGUUAAUUGUGAAAACACAAUACAAAAUUAUGAAACAUCCCAAAAAAUCUACUCAAACCCAAAUCCAAGACCUAAAAUUUGUACUCCCAACCGCAGCCUAAGCCUUCUUUGCAUGAAAAAGCGAUCAUUCCUAUCAUAUUUUAGCAUGAACUUAUGCUGCUGCAUUUGGGAUCAUGGAUUUCAUGGGAUUUAAAUGUUGUAUAAGGUGAUUGUUUGAUUUUCUGGGGGUUUAGUAUUUUGAGAGCAUUUGUCUGUGACUACAGCUUGCUGCUGCAACUGGACAUAAACUGAUGGGGAGCGUGAGUGAUUUUCCAUCUAUUCAUCAGAGCAGUUUGUUCCUCAUUUGAGCAUGUCAUAUAUGCCCAUAAUUGCUGAGAACUCAGGGCAUCAAAAACAGAGUUGCUUAGUAUUUGUCUUAUUGUAUGGUAAGUAAGCUGGUUUUUCUUGUACUCUAGUAUUGCCUUGGGUAAUCAAAACUAGCCAUUGAAUUGCUACACAGAAUGGUUUUGUCUUCCAAAGUGUACAUAUCCCAAGAACUGUAGAUCUUGAAUUCAUGUCUUUUGAACUCUGAUACAUUAUAUGGAUCACCAGAUGGUUUAUUUAA